AUGCUACAAUGGAGGACAUCGGGGGGGAAGGAUAGACCGCCGGGAGAUCCACCGGAUGCUCCGGGUUCUUGGGUAAGGAAAGUCGUGGGGUGUAAUAAGGGAGGAAUGCAAGUUCCGGAGGAAGCUGUGGAUGAAGAGUUUGUGGAGUCGAGAUUGAAGUUGGAGUUUCCGAAUGGUGAGGAUGGAGAGCCGGAGAUCACGAUCGGCGAGGAGGUAUUGGCGGCUAUGAAUAGCUUGUGGAAGAGAUGCAUGAUUGUUAGGUUUUUGGGAAGGAACGUCCCUAUUCUGAGUCUAACUCGAAAACUGAAGGAGUUAUGGAAACCUAAAGGAUCGAUGUAUGUCAUGGAUCUUCCUAAACACUUCUUUAUGGAUGAGAUAGAUACGACGCCGGUUUGGGUUUGUCUCUCCCAUAUUCCUGUGAACUUCUAUCAUAAAACGAUACUGAUGGGAAUCACUAAGGGGCUAGGAAGACCGAUCAAAGUCGAUUUGACAACUUUGAAGUUUGAAAGAGCUAGAUUUGCGAGAAUUUGCGUGGAGGUGAAUCUUAAUAAACCAUUGAAGGGGUCAGUGCUGAUUAAUGGUGAGAGAUACUUCGUUUCAUACGAAGGAAUUUCUGCUAUAUGCUUGAAUUGUGAUAUGUAUGGACACCUCGUGCACGCAUGUCCACAGAAUGGCACGGAGCGAGCUAUUGUUUCUGUGCCUACUCCAGUGAUCACGACUCAUGUGAAUACUGAAUCCAUAGGAAUGAAAACAAGGUUUACACAAGUGAGACAUGCGAGGAAAAAGACCGACCCACAAAGACAGUCAGGAGAUACUAUGCGAAGCAAUGAUGGGAGAGAUAUGGCGGAGAAUAAGAUGAAGGAAGUAUGCAAUGGUGGUGUGGUGGAGAAGAUCAAUGUGUCGAAUAGGUUUGGAAGCUUAACUGGAAGUAGGGAGAUAGAGGAGCUACGAGAUGAUGUUGGGAGAGAGGAAGAGAAUAAAGAAAAUGAGAACACCGUUAAUAUAAAUCUUGGAGGUUCAAGCAUAAUACUUGGGAAGGUGAUGGCGUUUGCUGCAACUGGGGGCAAAGGGAAUCAGUCAACAACCCGUCUAGGCCUUAAAGAAAAGAAGGCAAAUAAUCUGAGAAGCCCAAUUCUUCAAAGGCCAAAACCAAAACCUUUUGGGCCUAUGCACGGCCUAAUUUAUGGCCCAGCUAGAGGUGAGGUUAACUUAUCGUUAAGUGGAAAGAGAUUAAGAGUUGAAAAAGAGAGGAUCGGAAGACGAGGAGGUGUUUUCGCCGGAGAUGAAGGAGUAGAUGGAAGUGAGAAAAAUCCAGAACACGGUAGCGACCAAAGACACAUACCGGCGCAAUUGGAUUUGACGGAGAAUCUGGUUAAGGAUGGAUCGGAGCUUGGUGAGGGAGAAAGCUCGAAGGGUGUGGAGGGGGCAAAUAAACCUCAGUUUCGCAGAUCGAUUCGAUACCUGGUGAAGAGAUUCAAAACAGAUAUUCUUGAUGUCUUCGAAACGCACGCUGGUGGAGUAGCUGCGGGUCGAAUUUGUCAAGGUCUGGGUUUUGAGAAUUCGUUUAGAGUAGAUGUGUGUGGUCAGAGUGGUGGCUUAUGGCUACUAUGGAGGUCAGAAAUAGGAGAGCUGGAGGUGAUAAAGUCCUCAGAUCAGUUCAAUUAUGCUAGAGUAGGAAGUGGAACAGAAGUGAUCAACUUGAUCGUCGUGUAUGCUGCCCCUACUCCAGGCCGUCGGUGUGGUCUAUGGGCAGCUUUGGAGGAAGUAAUCAGUACUACCGUUGGUCCGGUUAUCAUUGGUGGUGACUUUAACACAAUUGUGAAAUUGGAUGAGAGAAGUGGAGGGAAUGGAAAACUAUCUCAGGACUCUUUAACAUUUGGUAAUUGGAUCAAUGACAUGUCGCUCAUAGACAUGGGUUUCAGUGGGAGCCAGUUUACUUGGAAGAGAGGGAAAUCAGCGAAUACCUUUGUGGCCAAGCGGUUGGAUAGACUUACACCAGAGGUUCAGGGGAAUGCGUGCCGACGUCUGUUUUGCUUCGAAGCGGCAUGGUUACAGCAUAGUGAGUUUCAAGAACUGUUGGCAGCUUCAUGGGACCAAGACAUUGAUACAAGAGAAGCUCUCGUGGGGUUGGGAGUGAAACUCAAAAAGUGGAAUAAGGAAGUGUUUGGGAAUGUUCAACAGAGAAAAGAGAAGUUAGUUAUGGAGAUUAAAGAGAUACAGGAGAAAAUUGAGGAAGAUCUUAGUGAUGAGUUAUUGGUAAAAGAGGGUGAGUUACUCAAGGAAUUUGAAAUAGUUCUGGAACAAGAGGAAGUAAUUUGGUUUCAAAAAUUGCGGGAGAAAUGGAUUGCUCAUGGUGAUAGGAACACUAAGUUCUUUCACAUGUCUACAAUCAUCAGGAGGAGAAGGAACCGAGUGGAUAUGCUGAAAAAUGAUGAUAAUAAAUGGAUAUUGGAUGCGCAUGAGCUGGAGAAACUUGCGGUGAACUAUUUUAAAACUCUAUACUCUUUGGAGAAUGUUGAUACUGAUAUACAGGGCUUACCGAUGAGGGGUUUUGUGAGGCUUACGAGUCAAGAUCAUUCUACGUUGAAUAGACCUUUCUCUGCAGAGGAAGUAGAGAUAGCUGUAAGGAAGAUGGGCAGUUUCAUGGCGCCAUGA